UUUUUUCCCCGAACUGUUUCUUUAAGCGACGCUUUUGUGAUUGACAAGCGCGCGGACCAAUCAGCGCCGCGGAGGAGGAGCGCGUCGGCCGCGUUCCGCUUCCCCACAUCGGAGCGAGUGGAGGAUCGCGACACAAACGGGCGGUGCGAAACCCGCUUCCAUCAUCACCAACAUCAUCACCGGAGCCGCAACGGAUCAGGCGUGAAAGAGCGUCGCGAGCCGCAUCGGCCAUCGACUUUGCACAUCAGCGCGGGCGUCGAGAGGCUCCAGAUCCGCUGGAAAUGGCAGGGAUCCUGGCGUGGUUCUGGAACGAGCGCUUCUGGCUCCCGCACAACGUGACCUGGGCAGACUUGAAAAACACAGACGAGUCCACCUUUCCGCAAGCCGAGGAUCUGUAUCUGGCUUGUCCUUUGGCGUUCUGCGUGUUCAUGAUCCGGCUGGUCUUUGAGAGGUUCAUUGCAAGGCCGUGUGCACUAGGUCUGAAAAUCCAGGCCAACGGGCCGCAGAAAGCUCAGCCCAACGCCAUUCUGGAGAAGGUCUUCACCGCCAUCACCAAGCACCCCGAUGAGAAGAGGUUAGAGGGUCUGUCCAAGCAGCUGGACUGGGACGUGAGGACCAUCCAACGCUGGUUCAGACAACGACGCAACCAGGAGAAACCCAGCACACUGGCGCGCUUCUGCGAGAGCAUGUGGAGGUUCACGUUUUACCUGUACAUAUUUACAUACGGCGUGCGCUUCCUGAAGAAGAGCCCGUGGCUGUGGAACACCCGAGAGUGCUGGUACAACUACCCCUAUCAGCCGUUAACCGUGGAUUUGCAUUACUACUACAUACUGGAGCUGUCCUUCUAUCUGUCGCUGCUCUUCUCGCAAUUCACAGACAUCAGAAGAAAGGACUUUCUCCUGAUGUUCCUGCAUCACGUGGCCACCAUCUCUCUGAUCACCUUCUCGUACGUGAACAACAUGGCUCGGGUGGGAACGCUGGUCAUGUGCCUGCACGAUGCUGCCGACGUCCUGCUGGAGGCUGCUAAAAUGGCCAACUACGCCAAAUGCCAGAGACUCUGCAACGUCCUGUUCGUCAUGUUCGCCCUGGUGUUCAUCAGCUCCAGGCUGGGAGUCUAUCCUGUUUGGAUUUUAAACACCACUGUGUUCGAGAGCUGGGAGAUCGUGGGGCCGCACCCGUCGUGGUGGGUCUUCAACGUGCUGCUCGUCCUGCUGCAGGCCCUGCACACCUUCUGGUCCUAUCUCAUACUGCGCAUCGCCUGCAGGGCCAUCUCCAGAGGAAAGGCAGGAAAAUGGAAUCCUUUACAUGUGUCAAAGGAUGACCGCAGUGACAUUGAGUCCAGCUCCGAUGAAGACGAGGUUCUUCCUCCCUCUCAGAAACACCACACUAACGGGACCAACGGCGCUCACGGCACCAACGGCUACCUGUCCUCGUCCCCGUGCCCAGACGAACACUAAAAGACGUUUCACUGGGCCCCGGCUGCAUCACUCUCUCCGUUGUGUCAAAUCAUGUAUGAACAUUACCGGUCCCGUACUGGAACUUCUCAAUAAUGUGAAUGCGGUUCUGUUUGGGUUGGUCGCUUUCCGCCAUCCCCCCCCCCCUCCCCAGGUGUUUUGCGUUCCGUUCACCGGCUUUAGUUUUUGUGGUUGCUUAUCCUGCGCCGUUCGUUAUCGAAGCACCUUUCGGAUUCAGCGCGGCUCGCUCUUUUCUUUCGAGGCGCGCGAACGAAAGCGCGCCUUCUUUCUUUCAUAAUCACGUGAGCAUGCUGCCGCGGCAUCAUGGGAACUGUAGUUUUUUUGGAUUAGUGUCUUUUUGUUUAUUUAUUCGUUUUUUUAAAUAAAUUUGCAUUUCUGUUUGGGUUUUUUUUAUUAUUGUUUUAAACAUACAUUCCCCUUUUCCGCGACGAAAUGUUGGUUCUGGAGCUGGUGCCCGGUCUAGAACCAUUUGCACCCUCGUUUCCUAAAAGCAUUGUUAGCCACCUACGGUCGCAAGGUUCAACAAGCAUAUGCAAAGUCAUUGGCAUUUCAGCUGUCCACCUUUAGUUGAACGUAUUUAUCAGAAAAUAUAAAAAAUAUGUUCUAUGAACAUUUUGCUAACAAUUCCAUUAAAGGGCUAGUUCACCCCAAAUUGAAAAAUCGGUCAUUAAUGGCUCUCUCUAAUGUCGUUUUACACCGUUAAGACCUUUGUUCAUCUUCGGAAGACAAAUUGAGACUAAUCUAAACUCUCCAUAGACAGCAACACGGCUGAAAUGAUCCGGGUCCAGAAACGUAGCAAAAAAGAAAACAAAUAUAACAUCGUUACUCUUAAGGAAAAGUGUGCGUAUGUGUUGUGGUCGUUUCUGAAAAUGGCGGAAAACGUAACGCUUAAGUCAACGAUAUUUUUGUUUUCUUCGCGCAAAAAAAGGAUUCUCGUAGCUUAACAAAACCGAGGUUGAGCCGUUUUACCAGUGCAUUUGCUGGGAUUGCGUUUCUGGGCCUGGGGUCAUUUGAGUUGUGUUGAGGUCUAUGGAGAGUCAAAUCGCUCUCGUAUUUAAUAAAAAAUAUUAUCAUUUGUUUUCCAAAGAUGAACGAAUGUUCAACAAUAACAGAAUUUUAAUUUUGGGGUGAACUAAACUAAACUUAAGUUAUAAAAACAGUCCCUGGGUGUUCAAAAUGUAUAUAUAUAUAUAUAUAUAUAUUUUUUUUUUCUUCGUUUUGCAAAUGUUACCAGAACAUUUCAUUUAAUACGUUUUAAACAUUAUGGGAAUGUUACUUUACAAAAUAAUUACACAAGCAUCCACAAAGGUCUAUCCAAAUAUAACCUUAUGCAAGUACUGUACGUGAACGCCGUUAACGCUUUGCAACAAGCUUCGUUAGUUGACGUGAACUAAUAAUGAGAAAUGCAACUAUUAAUCUUAAUUGUUAAUUUCAGCAUUUACCAAUGCAUUAUUAAAAACCACAAGUUGUAUUUGUCGACAAUACACCGUGAACUACGACGAACUAACAAUGAACGACUGUAUUUUUUAUAACUUAACAUUAACAAACAUUAAUAAAGAGUAUAAUAAAUGUAGUGUUCAUUGUUCAUUCACGUUAAAUAAUACAUUAACUAAUGUGAAUGUAUGUGUAGUGUUACCUGAAAGUUAAAUACUUGAUUUUGCGCAUUACAAAAAAAAAUGCAUUUUUUUUUUUACAGACUCUUGUAAGUUAGUUGAACCUUUUAAACUAGUUAGCUACUGACAGUUUACAGUACUAGUACAGAUAGCAGUAACUUCUCAUAACUUCAGUCAAACGUUAUGAUGAAACGUUCUUCCAGUAACCGUAAUACAGUGUUUGCUGUUUGAUCCUUAAUAAUAUUAGCAAAAAUAGCAUGAUGAUAUACUAUGCGUGAUUUUUUUUUCUCCCCUGAAAUACCGAUUAUUCAAUAUUCGUAUUUGGAUGUUCAGAUCUGUAAUCUUCCCACAAUGUUUGCAACGUUACAAAACGGACUGGUAACGUUUGUAUGACCAAGAAAUUAAAGGCAUUUCACAACAGUCGUAGGAACUGUUCAGAACGGAGGUAAAAACACUGAUCUGAUCUGCAUUCGCGUUUGCAUGUAAUGCUCGUGGCCUUAAAUCUGCUUAAAUCACAUCCAAACAUCUACUUUUGAUUAUCCCAGACAAAACCGGACGACUCUUAUCUUGUGAGCACGCUGGUUUUAUUUUUGUGACUGCAUGGCAACUUCCGACACCACAUUUAAGCAUAGCGAUGCGCUGUAAUUUUUAUUUUUUUGCAGAAAGGGUAUGCUGUAACAAUCACUUCCAUGACUUAAACCGAGAGCUUCUCCCGUUCUCCAGCCGAGCAUCAGCUCCGACACGAGCAACAGCAUCGUUUUCGUGGAAAUGGGGUGACGGUGUUUUAAAAUGGCAGCCGGUCAAUUUAUUCAUUCGUGACAAAUCGGUGGCAUUCCAAACAUAUUUUCACAAGCACACUAUCAUUCAAAAGACGAAAAGGUGUCUUCUGGUCAACGAGGCUGCAUUCAUUCGAUCAAAAAUAACUUGUCUAUUCGGUUAAAUAUAAAAAUGUAUUUUAUUCCUGUGGAUUUUCAGCGUCGUUACCGCAGUCGUCGUUCUAAUACGCUGAUUCGCUGCUCAAGAAACAUUUCUUAUUAUCAGCGUCGAAAACGGUUCAUGUUUUUGUGGAAACGCGUUAGCGAUGCCUUUUCGGGACUCUUCGUCGAACGGAAGAUUUUAAGACCACGUUUAUUUGAAACAGAAAUAUUUCGAAUCUGCAGUCGAAUGCGUUCUUGCCGAAUAAAAGUACUCACUUCUUUCAAAAUAAAAGUCUUCGGAAUGAUAGUGUACCUGUGUCGGCGUUUCGGCGCUGAAACAAAAUCUGCUUCUUUUAAGGAACGUGUUUUAACAGAAAGUGUUGUUUUUUUUCCAGGAAAGUAUUUCAAAGCGAUUUCACCUGAAAUAAACGGUGAAAUUUAUCAUCAAGUGGUUAUAUUUGAUAAUCAUUUCUCAAUGAAUCACAGUCGUAUUUCAAAAUAGGAUCGCUUUUAUUAUUGUGCCCGCACUUCAUAAUAAAGGUACAUAUGAGAUUACGGAAUAUAUCAAACUAUCACUGUUUGAAUGAACAUACUUGCACUUUGAUGAGUAAGUGGCACCAAACACUGGUCAUUUGUUAUUGUUAUGUUGUGUUUUUUUUUAAUUAGCUUUUUUGAGUUCAGAAUAAAAGAUUCUUCCGGUUUUCCUCACGCAUUUGAUCAUCAUUCAGCCGAGCUUUUUUUUUUUUUUUUUUUUUACUUUUGAUUCGAGUGUUUUGAUGCCGUUUCUUUCGGUGUUGGGAAGGUUGCUGCUGCUGUCUGUUUCGAGCUGGAGAAGCGCUACAGCUAAUUAGCCGUCGUCUUAUUUGCACUGCAGACAGGUUGCUGUGUUAUGUGGUUUACAUUUGAUGUCAAAAGGCGAAGAUUAAAAAAAGAAAAGAAAAAAAAGACGACUGUAUUUUCUGCCUUUGCUGGAAAACUGAUUAUCAGCGGUACUAAUGAAUUAUGUUGCCAUGUAUUUUAAAUAAACACGACAGACCAAAA